GACUCACCAUAAACAAGAGAAAGAAAAAAAGCUUCUCUGUGUUUUCUGCUCCUCUUCGGCUUCCGUAGCUCCUCCUUUCUGUUCCCCAAGAAGACGCGAGACAAAGGGGUUAGACGACGCAGUUUGAUCGAAUAAAAACAUUCAGACUGUUGAAACUUUGUGGAAGAGCGACUAAUUGCCGCAGGGGGUUAAAUAGUUGCGGUGAAAACAUUACAGCGUAGGAAGAGGUGGAAGUUUCUAGAACGAGAGGAGAACGAGUGACAUCGACAACAACCGGAAGCUGUUACAAGACUGGAAUUAUGAUGCAAAGUGGAGCCUCUCCACCUCGACCUGACGGUGAAGCGGCUCAUGGUAGCGACUCACACUUUCCUCAGAGUAGACGUAAUACAACAAUCUAUAAGGACAGAUAUGAGUGGACAACAGUGUGGACACGGAGCUGUAACUUCUUCGUCCAGAUUGCGUCUGAGCGUUGGUGGAAGUCCACGCCCCAAUACAAUCCUGACGUCCAGCAGCUGAUUGGUCGUCAAGAACAUCCCACUCAGCCACAAGGGUGGAGCUCCACGUUGAAGCACAGAGGUCCACAGCCGCCCCAAAUUAAAGAGGAAAAGGUGGAACUCUGGAUCGCUCAGAAGGAAGAGCGUUUUCCCGCCAAGGAGGAAGCUGAUGUCGCCAUGACGUUGCCGUUGACCGUUGUUUCUCUGGCGACUGAAGACAAACCAAAUUCCACAAUCAGCUUGCACCAUAGUUUGUGUCUGUGUCCUGCAGACGUUCAGCUGCUUGUUGGUCGCCAAGAAGGACUCGGCCAUCAGCCGCAGGCGGGGAGCUCUACGUCAGAGCAGGAGGAACCACACGUGAAAGAGGAAGUAGAGGAUCCACAGCCCCUCUGUGUUAAAAAGGAAGAGGAACUCUGGACCCCUCAGGAGGGAGAGCAUCUUCUAGGGCAGGGGGGGGCUGAUAUCACCAAGUUACCGCUGAUUGUUGCGUCUGUGAAGACUGAAGACAAACCACCUGACUUCUCGCAGCUUCGAGCGGAUGGAGACCGUUGUGGAGCAUCAAAAGCAGACAUCAUCAACGAAAAUAUGGACUCGCAGAGAAGAGAGAAACCCUUCAGUUGUUCAGUUUGUGAUAAAAGAUUCACAAGAAGAAAUAGGUUUCAUUUACACAUGGGGACACACCACAGUUGCUCCGACUGCGGGAAAAGCUUUUCUCGAAAGCUCGCGUCCACCUCAGCUGACGAAGACGGCAUCAGCGGCAACUCCAGGCGGCCGAACUUCUCCCACGAGGAAACUGACGUUCUGGUCCGAGAGGUCCAAGCUCGCAGUACCAGGAUAUACGGGACGGCGACCAGGCCUCCACGGGCUGAUGAUGCCAAAUCCGCGUGGCAGGAAGUUGCUAACAUUGUCAAUGAAGUUUGCCCUGAUAUUCUGAGAACCGCCGCUCAAUGUAAAAAACGCUUCAAUGAUGUAAGGAGGAGGGCCAAAAAAAAGCUGACGGGGCAAAGCAGUCACAUGGUGGCCACCGGGUGUGGCCCCUCGUCCAGGCUCACAAUCAGCUCAGCGGAGGACAUCGCGUCCACCACUUUGCCCAUGAUAAGCGUGGAGGGCUUUGGUGGGGUUGAAGGCGGGAUUACGGAUGAAACGGAGCAGCAAGAGAAAGGAGAGGAGGAGGAAGAGGAGGUGCUUGGCGACCCGGUAACCGAGGAGGUGGGAGACCCAGGGACUGAGGAGGUGGAAGGCGCAGGGAGACAGCGACUCACGGGACACAGAGAUGUGCGAUGCGGGCAGAGACAGCCCCCUGUACAGAUCCAGGAUCAGCCCUUUCUUGACAUUCAGCAGGGGGGCUUCGAGAUGCUGGAGAAGCAGCUGGGAACUCUGAAUGCGCGGCUCCAGGGCGUGGAGACCCGCCUCGGCGGCCUGGAGGGCCAUCUUUCCUCAAUUGACUCCAGCCUCAUUAGACUCGCUGAUGCUGCCGAACGCCUCAUCGCGCAGGGUGCAUCGACCACCCCCGCCGGUCGCAGGUGGCCAGUGAGACCCCGAACCAGGGUAGGACGACACUCCUCAGGCUCCCCCCUUCCUUCUCCAAACAGCAUUUCAAGCUUGCGAAGAGGAGGAAGGAGAGUCGUUUAAAUAAAAUGUGUU